AUCACUCCUUACUAAAAAGUACUGUUGUCAGUUGCUUUACAUCAGUUUUGGACGAAUUGAAACACGGCUGGUAUGAAGACUACUGUAUAGUAUAGAUAAUCACGAUAAGAUAAUUAUUGCGCAUCCAAAAAGUAGGAGUGAGGGUAAAUAAGUAUAAGUGUAACGAUAGUAGCAUGUUUCCCUAGUGCGGUGAGAAUAACGCGGUGUGUUGUUGUGGUGGUGAGACACACGAGCUGCUCCACAAUAUUCACCCUCGUGUUCACCCCUCCACCACUCCCCCACUCAUGAGUCUCCCCCAGCGCCACCCUUUGCUCCCCAGGCCGCUGCUAACACCCCAGCAGUGAGCCUAGCCUGGGGAUGAGAGCUGACAGGCCCCCACCAGGCGUCUGUGUCCCGUCGCGCCGCCCCGCUGCUGCCCCGCCUGCAGGAUCACCCUAGGACAUCCCGCCCCGCCCCGUUCCGUCAUCACACACAACAAUGCCGGGCAAGAAGAAGAAAUACAAUGCCCGCUUCCCUCCGGCGAGGAUCAAGAAGAUAAUGCAGACAGAUGAGGAAGUGGGGAAGGUGGCGGCGGCUGUGCCUGUCAUCAUCUCGCGCGGCCUGGAGCUGUUCGUUGAGAGUCUGUUGAUGCGUGCAGGUGAAGUGACAGCUUCCCGACAUGCCCGCACCCUCACGCCUGCCCACCUGAAACAAUGCAUCAUGGCAGAGAAACGGUUCGACUUCCUGCAGGAGCUUGUUGCCUCCGUGCCAGACAUUGGACCAGAGGGGGAGGCUGAACCAGGCACCCCCAGCACUCCUCUCACCCCCUCCUUCCCCACCCUUAACACCCCACAGCCCCAGCAGACACCACAGCCACUCCCACCACUAGCAGCACCCUCCACGCCGCCCCACGCCGUGUCACACACCUUCCCUGCCACACCAACGCACCCCUCGGCAGACACAGCCUUCUCCCCGACGGACAGCACUGGUGGAGGGGAGCUUCCAGCAGGGCGAGGUAGGGGUCGUGGUAGGGGGCGAGGGCGUGGCCGGGGCAGGGGUGGAGGAGCACCGACAGGGCAACAGCAGGCUGGCCCCAACACUGCCCCCAGAGUCCCUAGACCAAGAGGUCGGCCAAGAAAGAUUGUCCCUGAGCCAGUAGCCACCAUGGACACCUCAGACCACUCAGAUGAUGCGCUGUCUCUUGAUGUGGACACUGAUGAGGAUAUGGGUUCGGACACAGAUGAAGAGGUGAUAAUGGCUGCAGAACACUCCAGUAACAGCUCCUCUUCCUCCACCAGCCUCCACAAACCCUCCUCCCCUGUCCCUAUCACUAUCUCCACUGUCCCUACCCCUGUCACUGCCCCUGUCCCUACCCCUGUCACUGCCCCAGUCCCUGCUCCUGUCCCUGCCCCUGUUCCCUCCCUCUCCCUGCCUUCCAUCCCACUGUCCUCUGCUGUCACCAUUACUCAGGUCAGCAAGGCACAGACACCACAGAAUAUUCAGCCUCCUGCUUCUUCUGUCACGCCACAGUUUGGAGUUCCUGAAGUGAACACCAAAGUCGGCGAGUUUCAAAUAUCCAUCGGGAAGGAAUACAGCAUAGGCAUUGUACCACCAGUCCCCUCCACCACCAGCCCCACCACCACCACCGCUGCCACCACCAACACCACCACCACCACCAACAGUGCCCCAAGCAAACCCAACAAGCCGCCGCCCCCGCCAGUCCCAGCUCUACACCCCAUACAGUUUGCCUUCCCCCAGGGUAAUGUGAGGCUCUCCGGUCCCCCCCACAGCACUGCAGCCCUUGCCACGGCCCCCCACAGCCCCCUCACUCCUGGCGCACGGCCCUUCUUUGGGGUGCCAGUGCCAGUUAUUACAUCAGUGCACGCCAUGAACAGUCGUCCCUCUCUUGCCGGGGACAAUGGAAGUGCCACGGCCAUCACUGCCCCCGCCGCCACUGCCGCCAUGCAUGUCAACUCGCAAGUGGAUGAAGAUUAUGACUCCUAGAUGUGUGUGUGUGUGUGUGUGUGUGUGUGUGUGUGUGUGUGUGUGUGUGUGUGUGUGUGUGUAUGUCUUCUUCCAGACCUCAGCUCAGCCUUUCGUUGUGUCUCUAGUUGUGUUUGUGCUGCUUUUGUUUCCUUUUUCAUCAUACUUUCAUGUUUUGUAAUGUUUUUUUCUUUCAUUCUUUUUUUCUAUUAUCUCUACCAUUUCAUUUGCUACAGUUUUUUUUUUUUUUUUUUUUUUUUCCCCUCCCAUUUUUCCUGCUUUUCUGAUUGGUCGUUAUGAUUGAAUAGCUUCCUGUCUCAUCUGGUUUUCAUGUUGUGUGGUCUGUUUUCUGCUCACCAUGCAUUGAGUGUCUCUCUGACCCAGCCAGUGUUCAGUUCCUCAUCCUGCUUCCUCUCUUUGCUAAGCCUUGUGCAGUGAGUGCCUCUUUGUCCUUUCAUCCUGAGUUGAUUGGGUGAUGGACUUUAAAAUGGAAUCGUACUUCCAUUAUGUAUUCAUUGUGCAGUGGCUGGCUUUGUAUUGCAUCAGUAUUCAAUUCCUCCCCUGCCUUUGUAUGUAACCCUUACACAGCGAGGGACAUCCGCCACAGACAGUCUUGGCUUGGUAGUGAGGGCGUACCAUUAUGCAUUUACAUAAGAGAGGGACUGGCCAAGGGCAAUGUAAACUAUUAAAAAAAUAUUUCCGAUCACCGAGCAGGUUCAAGAGAGUUAGCCAAAAGAAUGGGAUGAAUGUCUUGAAGCUGUCUUGAAUGAGUUGAGGUCAUAGAAAGGUGGGAAUGCAGGCAGGGAAUUCUAGAGUGUACCAGAGAAAGGGAUGAAUAAUGGAAAGUACUGAUUAACAAUUGCAUUAGAGAGAUGGACAGAAUAGGGGAUGAGAAAUAGGAAAUAAUUGUGCAGUGAGGUUGUGGGAAGAGGGGAUGCAUGCAAUUGGCAAGAUCAGAAAGACAGUUAGCAUGAAAUUAGCAAUAGAAUA